AUGGUAGAAGAUGAAGUUCUCAAUGAGGAAGGGAACGAAGAAAUCAGCAAUUCUCAAGAUGAUGAGAUUCCUAGUAACAAAGGAGUUGAGCUACCAGGGGAAGAAGUGAAAGAAAAAAAUAGAAGAGGACCAACAAAGAUGCGUAGAGUGGCUGAAAAUCCUAAUGAAAAGGUUGCGGUCACAUUCACUGACUUUGGUGAGCAUGUUGGACCUGGUUCAGUAACACUAUCAUCUUUUCUUGGUCCUCUUGUGAGGGAACAUGUUCCGGUAACACUUUCUGAUUGGAGAAGACUUGAUGCAGCGACUAAAGCAACAAUGUGGGAAGAAAUUCAGGGGAAGUUUAACUUGCAAGAAGAGUGGCAUAAAGCUGUUAUUUUCAAGCAGUUGGGAAGCUUGUGGAGGGCUGGGAAGUCAAGGCUAGUGUCACAAGUACGGGCAGCGAAGACUGCUGCUGAGAUAUUACAAUUAAAACCCAGCAACGUCCUAUCCAUUCAAGUGUGGAACACUUGGGUUAGGAGCAAGACUACCCAAGUUUCACGGUUGGUAUCAGAGACAGCACUACGCUCCUACGAUUCAAUGCCAAGACCUAAGAAGGCUGUAGAGCCAUCUGAAGCCGAGGUUACGCAGAAAGCUCUAGCGGACCUUCAAGUUCAGAUCGCAAACCUCACAGCAUCUAUCGCGGCCAUUAAUACACAGCGUACAGCAACUCCGGUUCAACGUACACGUACUACUCGAGCUGAUGACGACGAUGAUUCAGAGGAGGAUAAAAAUCCAUUCGCUGCACUUCGCCAGGAUCAAGCUCUUCGCACUACCAACAACAACGAUGAUUCAGAUUCAGAAGAUGACUCCGACAAUCGCUGGAAAUCUUCCUUCAAACUCGAGAUCCCAGAAUUCAAUGGUUCUACUGCACCAGAAGAGUUACUCGAUUGGUUUGUCACCGUCGAGGAAAUCUUAGAAUUUAAGGAAGUACCACUGGAUCGAUGUGUUCCUCUUGUCGCCAUCCGUUUCCGUGAUCGAGCCGCAGCUUGGUGGCUUCAAUCCAAGACAACUCGUGCUCGUUUGGGAAAAUCUAAAAUCCUAACAUGGGAUAAACUCAAGAAGGAGAUGAGGAAGAACUUUCUUCCUUACAAUUAUGAGCAGUUGAUGUUUCAGAAACUUCAGAAUUUGCGGCAAGGAUCCCGAACUGUCGACGAAUAUGCAACCGAGUUUUUCAAGAUCAUGAACCGUGUUGAGAUUCGAGACACCGAGCAACAACUAGUAAUGCGCUUUGUGGGAGGUUUACGACAACAGAUUCAGGCCACUUUGAAUUUGUUCAGACCUCAAACUGUGUCAGAGGCUCACCAACAAGCAAUAACAGUGGAAGCUCAAACUCGCUCCAACUAUCAACCGUGGAGUGGGAAUCGUCAAUCUCGUCAAAAUACGACAACGUCAGCAGUCCCGUCGUCCUCUGAUAAUUCUACAGCAAAAACAGAGGCCACAAACACUCCCAGUGAUGCUCAACGCCAACAACGACCGGGAGGAGUGCGUUGCUUUUCUUGCUGUGAGCUUGGCCAUCGCGUCUCAUCGUGUCCGACGCGGAAUCCACGGGGUCUUCUCUUGGAUACCUCUGGACGUGACGUCGAGGCUGUUUAUGAUGAUAGUGGCGAUGAAGCGACAGAAGAACUUGAGGCAGAUGAGGUUCCGAAACUCAGUCUCUCGGUUGAACCACAUCCCUCGCCUUACAAGCUAGGUUGGUUACAUCAAGGAAGCGAACUUACUAUCACAAAACGUACUCUGGUUAAGUUCUCGGUGGGUGAUGUCUAUAAGGACGAAGUGUACUGUGAUCUUGUCCCUAUGGACGCAUGUCAUCUGUUGCUCGGGCGACCGUGGGAAUUUGAUCGUCGAGUUACACAUGAUGGUUAUCUCAAUACUUACACAUUCCGAUUCAACGAUAGAACCAUCACACUCAAACCCAUGGUUCCGGCUAUGAUUAGCAGUCAUGCAUCAUCAUCAAACCCAGUUUUACUUCUGCAGAAAUCAAAGUUAGUAACAGCAUUACGAGAGACAGAUUGUGUGGUGUUGCUCGUCGCGGUCCCUUCCUCUGUUUUCGAGGGUCACGACAUUCCAGAGACGUACAAACCACUCUUAUCAGAAUUUGCUGACGUCUUCCCUGCAGACCUUCCUUCCCAACUUCCUCCUCUUCGUGACAUACAACACCGCAUCGAUUUGAUGCCAGAUGCUGCUUUGCCUAAUCGCUCUCAUUACAGGAUGAGCCCAUCGGAACACGAAGAGCUCCGUCGUCAAGUUGAAGAAUUGGUCGCUAAGGGAUUCCUGCGCGAAAGUCUUAGCCCUUGUGCGGUUCCCGCUUUGUUAAUCUCAAAGAAAGAUGGGUCAUGGCGGAUGUGUGUCGACAGCCGUGCAAUCAAUAAGAUUACAGUUCGUUACCGAUUCCCUAUUCCGCGUCUUGAUGACUUAUUAGACCAGAUUGGGACUUCCACAAUAUUUUCUAAACUGAAUCUCAAGAGCGGUUACCAUCAAAUCCGUAUUUGCCCCGGUGACGAGUGGAAGACGGCGUUUAAAACCAGAGAGGGUCUCUUUGAAUGGCUUGUUAUGCCAUUUGGUUUAUCUAACGCGCCUAGUACCUUUAUGCGCGUUAUGAACCAAGCCUUACGGCCUUUUAUUGGCAAAUUCGUUGUCGUAUAUUUCGACGAUAUUCUGAUCUUUAGCAAGACAAAAGAAGAACAUAUGCAACAUCUGCACGAGGUUCUUUCAGUUCUCCAACGCGAUCACUUCUAUGCUACGCUUAAGAAGUGUGAAUUUGGCUCUCCGCAAAUUCAUUUUCUCGGAUAUAUUGUGUCUUCCCAAGGCUUGGCCGUUGAUCCUGCUAAGGUGUCAGCGAUUCAGACUUGGCCACAACCUACUACGAUCUCGGAAAUACGGAGUUUCCAUGGCCUUGCAUCGUUUUACCGACGAUUUGUUUCUCAGUUUAGCAGCUUGAUGGCACCUAUCACCGACUGUAUACAUACCAACAUCUUUGCGUGGACACCUGCGGCUUCUGUGGCCUUUGCUAUCAUCAAGAAUAAGUUAAGUUCAGCACCUAUACUUGCUUUACCAGACUUUAAUUCAGUCUUUGAGCUUCAUUCUGAUGCCUCUAAGUCUGGGAUUGGAGCUGUCUUAAGUCAACAGGUGUGGGUUGAAGUGGCUAAGAUUGGUGAUGCAAAGGUGCGGAGGCCAAAUUCAGAGAUUGAAUACAUCUCUGAUGCAAUAGGUUCGGUUGUGGCAUGGCCAAAUGAUAAACUGAAGUUGGUGUGA